GGAUCCUUGGGUUCAUGUUGCUAUCGUCCAAGGGUCAUUCUGACUUUUAGUAGUCACUAAUAAACCUAGGAAACCUUAAGAAUGGUCAUAUAUUUUACCUACGGGCUGCUGGUUGCAUACUUAGCUUUGCCUGGAAUCUUACUGGGAGAUUUGGCUUUCCGAUGUCCAAGUUGUACUGCGGAUCGUCUAGCUGCGUGUCCCAAAGUCACAGCAUGUCCAGAAAUAGUGAGGGAGCUGGGCUGCGGCUGCUGUCCAGUGUGUGCAAGGCAGGAAGGGGAGCUUUGUGGGGUCUACACGCCGAGGUGCUCCAGUGGCCUGAGGUGCUACCCGAGCACAGAGGCUGAGUUGCCUUUGCAGCAGCUCAUCCAGGGUUUGGGACGAUGUGGACAAAAAGUGGAACUGGAUGUCACAAGCCUGGACAACCAGGCUACAAAUGAGGUGCACGGGACUGAGAAUCCACUCACCAAAAGACCUGCCAUUGAUGCUUGGUUUUGGCAGGAGUCGGCCAUUAAGCAUCACCUGAACGAACGCAAAACCAAGAUGAAGACGAAUCAGCUAGAGGACCCUCGAACCCAGAGAGCCCCUCAGAGCCCCUGUCAGCAGGAACUGGACAAGGUCUUGGAGGAGAUCUCAAAAAUGACCUCCGACGACAACAGAGGCCCGUUGGAGAACCUGUACGGGCUCAAAUUUCCAAACUGUGACAGACAUGGACUGUACAACCUGAAACAGUGCAACAUGUCCACCCACGGCCAGCGGGGCGAGUGCUGGUGCGUUAACCCCUUAACGGGGGUCCAGAUUCCAGCGACUCCUAAAGUCAGAGGGGAUCCAAACUGUAACCAGUUCCAGGAGGAGCUCAGAGUGAUGCCCACUGCAGCAGCGACUCGCUAGCACAGCCCAGCACACCUUAUGGCAGGGCAGAGUUUUCCUAAAAAUUCAAAAUUUUUCCAUUAUGAAGGUUUUCAAUCUACACGCAAGCAAGUGUCUGUAUUUGAAGGCUUUGUCUUCAUUUUAUAAAUUUACAAUUAAAUAUAUAUUUUAUAUGAUAUUGGCAGCCUCCUUUAAAGUUGCAGUGACUGAUUGGUUUGGCCACUCAGAGGCAGCAGAAGUUCGAAUCACAUUUCCCUCAUUUCCCACUUUGUACAUCCACGGUUCCUCCUCUCGCCUCUGCUCCUCGUCUUAGUCCCUCCCACCUGAGAUGGUGUGGACACAUGGAGAGAGGGGUCAAGAAAAGAUUUAACAAAAUGAGACCUCCAUGCUUCAAAGCCGUCGUUUUAAAGCGACGUGUGGCACAGCUGCAUCAUCUGUCCAUUGUUUUGUUACAGCCUUCUGCUGUAUUUUGAAUGUCUGUCAGUGUUUGGGACAGCUCUUAUUUCACUUUUAAUUUAAUUCACAUUGUGGCAUAAUGUAGUAUAAGUAGCAUCAAAGUGAAAUGUUCAAUCACACAUUUGAUUAUCUUAAAUAAUCAAUAUAACUUGUGAAUACAAUAGGAAUAUUUGUAAAGUUCUACUCCAGCCAUGUUUUGUGUAUUUCAGUUGUGUCACCCCUCAUGGGUGCUGAAAAGACUUCAGCUAACGACACACCUGUGCGUCCUCGCUCAUAGCUCCUCGAGAAGCGUUUCAGGAACUGAGACAUCCUUCACGCUGGCAUUUCUGUCACAGGCAGGAGGAAGGAGGACGGAGGACAAGCAGGCACAAAUUGAGAAGCCUCUUGUGGCCACUUCGUCAGCCAACGCCUGCUCAGUCCAGCAGGCAUGGAGCAACAUUAGCAUUCAUUUGGAGUUGUCUUUUUGACCCUCCGAUGAAAACAAGUCCAGUAUUUGCUCUCUUUAGAUCGUCACCAAGUCCUGAGAGAAAUCAUCUGGCUCUUCAGUUCUAAAUGCCCUGCUUUGUUCAUUGAACUCUGCCAGUCUGCUGUUUGGUGCUGUGCAGCGAGCAUACAGUUGCUGUGCCAGAGCUGUUCAGUUGGACCAGCUGCCUGCCGCUGCUGGAAGCAAAGCUGAUGAGAGCGAUGAGCUGCCACUGUUACAUAAACCAACAGAUAAAAACUGUUAAUGUAAUUUGUAAUACCACAUCACGUGUAAAUAAACUGGCAUCAAUUUCAGAUAAAAUUUUCUGUAAUUUUAUGAUAUGUGAUGCUAUGCUAAUGAUGGGGCUGGACUGCCACUGUUCUAUACUUAAACUUUAUUUGAGUUGAGGUGCUUCUUGAAAUCAUUUUACAUAUCAAACACAUGUAUGCACAGUCUAUAACCCAUUUCAGUGCCAACUUCUUUUCCUGAAUUAAUACUUCAAAAUCAACAUUUUUAUCACCAUCUUACUGCUAAUUAUCGAUUAUAUCUUGUACAAAUUCCCUGUAGAUGCACCAAGUUUGCUUCCUACAUUGUUAGCUGUAAAUUAAUUAAAUUCUGUUUUGCUCUGA